UGGGGCCUCCCGCCCCAGCCGCGCGUCGCGGGGCGGAGUCGUGUGAGACGGGGAAUAUGGCUGCGGGCGGUUGGUUGGAUGUGGAGGAAGGCCGGUGGAGUCCACGGUGGUUGUGGUUGUUCGCGGGUCUGUACUUCCAGGCUGCUUUCUUCUGUGGCUGCGUACAGGCCGUGCCGGAGCCCGGGUUGUGGAAGGGGACGGUGGGGCCGGAAAGAUCUGUUUAUGUGCACCAUACUUCAAUCAAAACAACUUUCAGAGGAUCUUGGAAGUAUUGUAGAGAUGCAUGAGGCUGGAAAAGGCUACAGAAGCAUUUCUAAAGAUCUGAACGCUCAUCAGUCCAAAAACCAUAAACCUCUAGUGUUUACAAAAACAAUGUUUAACAAAACAGAUAUAGCACUUCAAGUUGUUUCAUUCAAGUGUGAAGAAGUAUCACUAAUUGUUGAAUGGUACCUCAGAUAUUACCCCUGCCACAAUGAAUUUAAUAUUAAAGAUAUAUAUGACAAAAGAUUUUCCGAUAAUGGUGAUACCCAUAGCCUUGAGCCUCACCCAUUCAGCAGUGGGCAAUAUAUUGAAUACAAAUCUGAUAGCAUUGUUUGCGAUGAAAAAAUUCAAGUCUUCCCUAAGUUUAAUAUGAGCAAAAAUCUUCCAAAACCUGUUGUGGUACAGACACCAAAUGCAAUUAAGAAUGCAGAGGUAAAUACCAACACUGAUGUCAAGGUCACUGCAAGUCUUCAUUUAUCUGAAGGCAAAAAGGCUAUUCGUUCCUUAUGGAAAAGAGACAUUACAACAAAAAAGUAUGAUAUUGUGGCGCAGACCUGGAGGGAUGGUCCUUAUCUAUUUAUUCUUUCCAUCAAACCUCUCAAUGAAAGAAUUAAAAGUAACUGGAAUUUAACAGUAAUGGUAUUGAUGCAAGGCUCUCAUGGAUUCAUCUCAGCGACUGAAUUUCCACUGAUGAUUUUUUAUAUGGUAAUGUGCAUCAUAUACAUAAUUUACGGAAUCUUUUGGCUUUUCUGGUCUGCGUGUUAUUGGAAAGAUUUGUUGAGGAUCCAGUUCUGGAUAGCUGCAGUGAUUUUUCUUGGAAUGUUGGAAAAAGCUGUAUUCUAUGCAGAAUAUCAAAACACAAAUAUUCGUGGAACAUCUGUGCAAGGUCUUCUAGUCUUUGCAGAACUUAUUUCUGCUUUGAAAAGAACAUUAGCUCGGCUCCUUGUGAUCAUUGUAAGCUUGGGAUAUGGAAUAGUUAAGCCUCGAUUAGGCACAGUAAUGCACAGAGUGAUUGGCUUGGGAGGCCUCUACCUGGCUUUUGCAGCUGUUGAAGGAGUUUUGAGAAUUACCGGGGAUCGAAGAAGUGUUCCAGUCUUGGUCGCUGAUAUAUUUUUAGCAUUAAUCGAUUCCUGUUUUGUCUGGUUCAUAUUUGUCAGCCUGGCUCAAACAAUUAAAACAUUAAAAUUAAGGAAAAAUACAGUGAAACUUUCACUAUACAGACAUUUUACCAAUACAUUAAUUUUGGCAAUAAUAGCAUCAGUUGGGUUUAUGAUAUGGACAACAAAGAAAUUCAGGUUGACGCCAUGUCAGUCAGAUUGGAUGGAACUAUGGGUUGACGAUGCUUUCUGGAGAUUGCUCUUCUCUGUCAUUCUGUUAGUUAUAAUGUUCCUCUGGAGACCAUCGGCAAAUAAUCAGAGAUAUGCGUUUACCCCUCUUAUUGAUGACCCAGAUGAUGAAGCGAAUGAACUGAUUGCAGAAAACUUAGCUGAUGGGAUAAAGAUGCGAGCAACCAAAACAGGGGCUAAUGGAUUAGCGAUACAGUCUUCAAAUUUGGAUGAAGAUUUAAAGUGGGUAGAAGACAACAUCCCUUCUAUAACAGAUGUUGCACUUCCUAUGUUACUGGAUUCAGAUGAAGAAAUAAUGACAAUCAAAUAUGAAAUGUCCAAGAUGGAGUGAAGAUUGUGUGGAAUUUGAAUGUAUUUUACUGACAAACUCGCUUUGCAGUGCUGUGACUAAACUUCUGUGCAGCGCGUGCACAAAGGACAAUGAAGGAAGAAGUGACACAGAUUGCUGGAGCACUGGGCACCACACGGGCACUAGGUGCUUGUUUACUUCAUGUGCAAUUCUCACAGCUGACUUAUAAACUUGCUUUGAAAUAAAGGUGGAAGAUCAUGCAACAGAAAAUUCAGGAUAUGGGACUGCAAAUGAGCUUUGCUUCAAUUUUCUAUCAUAGUAGUAGAAGAGUUUAGUUUUCCAUAAUUCAUCCUUCCCCUUUCUCCCAUCCUGUAAUAGAAAAUAGUGUGAUUUAAUGCAGAUUUAGAAUUUUGUCCUAGAAUGUGUUCCAUUUAAACCAGCGUAUGUCUAGUGCUGGAAGUUUCCCUCUACAAUUCUAUGAGAGUUUUAAUUUCAUAGACCGACUUUUGGCAUUGUCUAUUCCUAAGAAUGUUUGCACACAGCAUACUGUAUGAAUCAAUUUGAAAUACAGUUGCCUUUUUAUUUUAAUUGUAGAGGUGAUAUUAUGAAUAUAAUAUAUUGCUGUAGGAGCACUAGUCUUUUAUUUUGGUAAAAAAAUGAUAUUGUUACACAGUUGACCAAAUCUAGACUACAGAGUGCACUUGAAAAGCGAUUCUCUAUAUUAUAUUGACUGUGUACUCCAUUUAAUACAGUGAUCAUAUAUUGAAAUAUUUGUAUCAUAAAUAUCCAAGUUGGUAAAUCUAAAUGUUCGAUGUGAAUUAGAGGGAGCACUAGGACCCUUAAAUGAUGACAAAACUAUUUUGUGAAUUAUGAUUUAUAACACUGUACCUUUGAUAUGUUUUUAUUUAUUAAAUUCCUUGUGAACUUUUUAAAGUCAUUUUUUAAAAAUCUAUUAGAAUUGCACACUUGCAUCAAUGUGGUUAAAGAGCACAAAAUAAGUGAUCAUUUGAUCUGAGGGCAUGCAAAUACCUUGUUACCUUUGUUGAAAUAAAAGCAAUAGCACUUGUCACAGUUUUCUUUUUGACACCUUU